AUGUCCUCCUUCCGGAGCCUCAGGCUUCUUGCUGCUAGGUUCCAGCCUAUUACCUGUUCUUCUCAUCUGCUGCCCACACUUACAGCCUUCUGCACAUUGUUCACAGGUUGUAUCCUACCUGCCCUUCGACUUGAGGACUCCAGUCCAGUGGGCUCCAUACCUGCUCUUCUUGCUGUGGAUGUCUGCAUCAGGAAGCUCUUAGCUGAGCUUGUGUUGUGCACUGCGUGGCUGUGUCCCCUGCUGUGGUUCUGCAUCAGGAAGCACCCAGCUGACAGCAUAUUCAUGGGAAUGCUGGGCACAGAGCCUGAGCCUUUGUUGGGCAACAAGUAUGGAUGCCCAGGAAAUAUGCAAGCAAAAAAUCUAACAUUUCUCUCUAAAUUCUAUCUCAUGGGACUCUCAGAGGACCCAGACCUGCAGCCCAUCCUCUUUGGACUCUUCCUGUCCAUGUACCUGGUCACAGUGCUUGGGAACCCGCUCAUCAUCCUGGUUGUCAGCUCUGACCCCCACCUCCACACCCCUAUGUACUUCUUUCUCUCCAACCUGUCCUUGGCUGACAUCUGCUUCAUCUCCACCACGGUCCCAAAGAUGAUUGUGAACAUCCAAACUCAAAGCAGAGUCAUCUCCUAUGGGGACUGCCUGACACAGAUGUCUCUUUUUCUCCUUCUUGGUUAUAUGGAUUAUAUACUUCUGACUAUGAUGGACUAUGACCGGUUUGUGGCCAUCUGCCACCCACUACAUUAUCAGGUCAUUAUGAGCCCUCACCUCUGUGGCUUCUUAGUUUUGGGGUCCUUUUUUCUGUGCCUCUUUGAUUCUCAGCUGCACAAUUUGAUGAUCUUACAAAUUACCAGUUUCAAGCAUGUGGAAAUUUCUAGUUUCUUCUGUGACCCUUCUCAACUCCUGAAUCUUUCUUGUUCUGACACAUUCUCUAAUAACAUUGCCAAGUAUUUUCUUGCAGCCAUCUAUGGCCUGUUUCCUCUCUCAGGGAUCUUUUUCACUUACUAUAAAAUUAUUUCCUCCAUUCUGAGGAUCCCUUCUUCAGGUGGGAAGUGAAAAGCCUUCUCCACCUGUGGCUCUCACCUGGCAGUUGUUGGCUUAUUUUUAGGAACUGCCUCUGCAGUGUACCUUGGAUCAGCUGCAUCACAAAUUCUCAAAAAAGAUGCGGUGGCCUCAGUGAUGUUCACUGUGGUCACCCCCAUGCUGAACCCUUUCAUCUACAGCCUGAGGAACAGGGACAUUAAAAGUGCCCUGAGGAGGCUGCAUAGUAGGGCACUCUGA